AUGGGUUCCGGUACUGCUAGAAGACCUAGCUUGAGCACUUCCACAUCCAAUGACAUGAUGGUUGACGAGCCUCAUGGUGUGCCUCGUCUUUCCCGUCGUUUGACUGGGUUUUUGCCUCAGGAAAUUAAGAGUAUUAAUACUAUGAUUCCUUUGCAGAGUAGAGAAAUUUGGAAAAAACAUGGGGUUAAGAAGUUUGAAACCCCAGACGAAUUUCAGUCCAAAUUCAUUCAACACGUUGAAACGACAUUGGCUCGUUCUUUGUACAAUUGUGAUGAUUUAGCUGCAUAUCAAGCCACUUCUCAAAGUGUCCGUGACAACUUGGUCAUUGACUGGAACAAAAGUCAGCAGAGACAAACAGCGCGUGGCUCGAAGAGGGUUUACUACUUGUCGUUGGAAUUUUUAAUGGGUAGAGCCUUGGAUAACGCUUUGAUUAACUCACAAGAUGGUUCUGAGGAAAGUGGUGUUGAGAAAAGAGAAAAAAUUAAGGGCGCCAUUGAUGAGUUGGGUUUCAAGCUAGAAGAUUUGUUGGAGCAAGAACCGGAUGCUGCUCUUGGUAAUGGUGGUCUAGGUCGUCUUGCUGCAUGCUUCAUUGACUCAAUGGCAACAGGAGACUACCCGGCAUGGGGUUAUGGUUUGCGUUACCAGUACGGUAUCUUUGCUCAAAAGAUUAUCGAUGGUUACCAAGUGGAAACCCCAGAUUAUUGGUUAAACUUUGCCAAUCCAUGGGAAAUUGAGAGAAGUGAAAUUCAAGUGCCAAUUAACUUCUACGGUUACGUUGAUAGGUCAGAUAACAAUGGGGAUGGCUCUACAUUGUGUGCAAGUAAAUGGAUUGGAGGUGAAAGAGUCAUUGCUGUUCCAUAUGACAUGCCAAUUCCUGGGUUCAAGACCGAAAAUGUUAACAACUUGAGAAUGUGGACUGCUAGACCAACCACUGAAUUCGAUUUUGCCAAGUUUAACAGUGGUGAUUACAAGAAUUCUGUUGAACAACAGCAACGUGCUGAAUCCAUCACUGCUGUUUUGUACCCUAACGAUAACUUCCAAGAGGGUAAGGAAUUGAGAUUGAAACAGCAAUAUUUCUGGUGUGCCGCAUCUUUGCAUGACAUUGUUAGAAGAUUUAAGAAGGCUAAACACUCCUGGGAAGAUUUUCCAAAUCAAGUUGCAAUCCAAUUGAACGACACUCAUCCUACAUUGGCAAUUGUUGAAUUGCAAAGAAUCCUUGUCGAUUUGGAACAUUUGGAUUGGCACAAAGCAUGGGACAUUGUUACCAAAACCUUUGCAUACACUAACCAUACAGUCAUGCAAGAAGCGUUGGAAAAAUGGCCUAUCGGUCUAUUCGGACAUUUGUUACCAAGACACUUGGAAAUCAUCUACGAUAUCAAUUGGUUCUUUUUGAAACACGUCGAAAGCAAGUUCCCAAGGGACGUUGAUCUUUUGAGUAGAGUUUCCAUUAUCGAGGAAGCCUCUCAGGAAAGACAAAUCAGAAUGGCUUUCUUAGCCAUUGUUGGUUCUCAUAAGGUUAAUGGUGUUGCUGAAUUACACUCAGAAUUGAUUAAGACUACUAUCUUCCAAGAUUUCGUCAAGAUUUAUGGGCCAGGUAAAUUCACCAACGUUACCAACGGUAUCACACCAAGAAGAUGGUUGAAACAAGCUAAUCCAAAACUUGGUGAAUUGAUCAGUAAGGCUAUUGGUGAUCCUCAAGAUGACUAUUUGUUGAACAUGUCAAAGCUAACAGAGUUGGCAAAAUUUGCUGAAGACGAAGACUUCCAAAGUCAGUGGAACGACGUCAAGCAAUUCAACAAGCAAAGACUUGCAGAUUUGAUCGAAAAAUUAUACGAUGGAGAAGAUGUCAUCCAGAGAGAUAAUAUCAGAAACACCUUGUUUGAUAUUCAAGUGAAACGUAUUCAUGAAUACAAACGUCAACAAAUGAACAUUUUCGGAUGUAUCUACAGAUAUUUGAGUAUUAAAAAGUUGUUAUCGCAAGGCGUCCCAAUUUCAGAAGUUGAGAAGAAGUACCCAAGAAAGGUAUCCAUCUUUGGUGGUAAGAGUGCUCCAGGUUACUACAUGGCCAAGUUGAUCAUAAAGUUAAUCAACAGUGUCAGUGAUGUUGUUAACCAUGACAAAGAGAUCAAUAACAUCUUUAAAGUUGUAUUCAUCCCUGAUUACAACGUUUCUAAAGCAGAAAUUAUUAUUCCAGCCAGUGACUUAAGUGAACAUAUUUCGACUGCAGGUACUGAAGCCUCUGGUACAUCCAAUAUGAAAUUCGUUAUGAACGGUGGUUUAAUCAUCGGUACUGUUGACGGUGCCAAUGUCGAAAUCACAAGAGAAAUCGGAGAAGAUAACAUCUUCUUGUUUGGUAACUUGGCAGAAAACGUGGAAGAGUUAAGAUAUCAACACCAAUACCACGGUGAACCAUUACCACAAGAAUUGGAGGAAGUGUUCCAAGUCAUCGAACAAGGCACCUUUGAUGGUGACUUCAAGCCAUUAGUUGAAUCUAUCAGACAUCAUGGUGACUACUAUUUGGUGAGCGACGAUUUUAAAUCAUACUUGCAAACCCAAUCUUUGGUUGACGAAGUGUACCACAAGAACAAGAAAGAAUGGUUGAAGAAAUCCAUUUUGAGUGUUGCCAACGUCGGAUUCUUCUCCAGUGACCGUUGUAUUCAAGAAUACGCCGACGAAAUAUGGAACGUCGAACCCUUGACCAACUGA